AGUAAACAUUAAGAUGAUCAAUUAACAGAUGUUAGCAAUAUACUAGUGACUAUAUAAUAUAACAUGCUGUACUUGAUCUAACACUGACUCAUAUCCCUGCAGAGAGUAUAUGAUUGUUGGGAUGAAUUCCAUGCAUAGCCCCUUUCCCUUCUUUCCCUAUGCAGCCUGUGUAGCCUACGUUGAUCUCAGCUAGACUCCUUGGCUCCCACUCUCCUGGAUUUAGCUGCACAGCACUAAUCAUCAUCCCUCGAGGAUUCCGCACAAAAUCGUUUCUAACCAUAGUCAAUGACAACUUGAGGAAUAAGAAGAGAAUAAGACAAAUUUCGUGUCAUUUUGAUAGCAGGUGCCCUGCCGCGAGUCGCAUAACAUGUAGAAUGGAGAAAGGGACGUCACUUCAAGCAUUAUGUUGAUCCCAGCAGCUCUUCUAUCCAGAGAUGCUCACCAGCUCAGAUAAAUCUCUCUCUCUGAUGCCAGACCACUGUGCCCCAGUGGGUUUGGCUUCCGGUCCCAAAGUCUGCACCACCAGUAGGGGGAUGCACGGCACCCGCUCCUCCCUCUCUCUCCCUGAGCCCGAGGCAUGGCGUCGGACCCCGAUGCCCAGCCCGGGCACCACCCGUCAGGGGGGCCUAGCCCAGGGGUCCCGUUCCUGCUCCCUGCAGGUUCCCCGCUCCGGCCUGGAGACCCUCGCUCUACCCCCGCGGGCAGCCAGCUUCGACGUCCCUUACAGGGUGGAAAAGGCCAGGUCGGACACAGGCUCGGGGUCUGUGAGCCCAUGUAGUAUGCAGAGGAGACGCGGGGGCAUCGUGGAUCAGAAGGAUGUGAUCAGAGCCCACGAGUCACACAAGAUGCAGAGCACACCACAAGCCCGCAGGAAAGAGUGGGAAAUGGCUCGGUUUGGAGAAGAGGUUCAGAUGGCGAUGGAUUCUCGAGACUCCGGGGACCCGGAGCACGGGGAGGACGGCGGGGACACGGCUUCAGGUACAGGGUCAGGGACAGGGUCAGGGACGCUGAAACAAACCAAAGCAGCGAGGGCGCGCACCAUGGCUCUUUACAACCCUAUACCCCACCGGCAGAACUGCCUCACCGUUAACAGGUCACUCUUUAUAUUCGCCGAAGACAAUUUCAUUCGGAAAACUGCCAAGAGGAUCAUAGAAUGGCCACCGUUUGAGUGGGUGAUCCUGGCAACCAUCACGGCCAACUGCAUCGUUCUGGCCCUGGAGCAACAUCUUCCUGGGGAGGACAAGACUCCCAUGGCCAAAAGACUGGAGUGUACUGAGCCUUACUUCAUCGGGAUCUUCUGCUUUGAGUUUGGCAUCAAGCUGGUGGCCCUGGGCUUUGUGUUCCAUAAAGGCUCCUACCUGAGGAAUGGAUGGAAUAUCAUGGACUUCAUCGUGGUGGUCAGCGGAAUACUGGCAACAGCAGGGGCCCACAUGAACAUACCAGUGGAUCUGCGGACCCUGAGGGCGGUGAGAGUCCUGAGGCCUCUUAAAUUGGUCUCUGGGAUCCCCAGCUUGCAGAUCGUGCUGAAGUCCAUCAUGAAGGCCAUGGUGCCCCUGCUCCAGAUCGGUCUGCUCUUGUUCUUUGCCAUUCUUAUGUUCGCCAUCAUCGGCCUGGAGUUCUACAGCGGGAAGCUCCACCACACCUGUCUACCUACUGCUGACAUCCUGGAAAAUGAGACGAUGGAUACGACCGAGGUGGAGUUUGCCUGUGGAGUGAGGAAGUGUCCAGAGAAGUAUGACUGCAUCGGGUCAUGGAUUGGCCCCAACAACGGCAUCACCCAGUUUGACAACAUCCUGUUCGCUGUGCUCACUGUCUUCCAGUGCAUCACCAUGGAGGGGUGGACAGCUGUACUCUACAAUACCAACGAUGCCUUGGGCUCUAUGUGGAAUUGGAUGUACUUUAUUCCUCUCAUCAUUAUUGGCUCAUUCUUCGUACUCAACCUGGUGUUGGGAGUCCUCUCUGGGGAGUUUGCCAAAGAGAGGGAGCGGGUGGAGAACAGGAGAGCCUUCAUGAAGCUGAGACGUCAACAGCAGGUGGAGAGAGAACUCAAUGGAUACAGAGCCUGGAUAGACCGAGCAGAGGAGGUGAUGCUGGCUGAGGAGAACAAGAAUUCAGGGAGAUCUGCUUUAGAUGUGCUGAAGCGGGCCACCAGUAAAAAUGCUAAGCAUAGAGGAGGUCCUGGGGAUGCAGAGAGCUCCACUAUAGGAGCACCUCGUAUGCGGAUCCGUACAGUGCGGCGUGGCCCGGUGGCGUAUAUACGUCGUAAGGAGCGUAUGCUGCGUAUCUCCCUGCGGCGCAUGGUGAAGACAGACACCUUCUACUGGACCGUCCUCAGCCUGGUGGCUCUCAACACCAUCUGUGUGGCCAUCGUACAUCACAACCAGCCCGAAUGGCUCUCCACCUUCUUGUACUAUGCGGAGUUUGUUUUCCUGGGGCUCUUUUUGGCAGAGAUGUUCUUAAAGAUGUACGGCCUGGGAUUCCGCCUCUAUUUCCACUCCUCCUUCAACUGCUUCGACUGUGGAGUGAUAGUUGGCAGCAUCUUUGAGGUGGUGUGGGGCUUCUUCCGGCCUGGCAUGUCCUUUGGCAUCAGCGUCCUGAGGGCACUGAGACUCCUGAGGAUCUUUAAGAUCACCAAGUACUGGGCAUCUCUAAGGAACCUGGUUGUGUCUCUUAUGAGUUCCAUGAAGUCCAUCAUCAGUCUGCUCUUCCUCAUCUUCCUCUUCAUCGUCGUCUUUGCCCUGCUGGGCAUGCAGCUCUUUGGGGGCAGGUUCAUCUUUGAAGAUUACACUCCUGCCAACUUUGACACGUUUCCAGCUGCUAUCAUGACAGUGUUCCAGAUUCUGACUGGUGAGGACUGGAAUGAGGUGAUGUACAAUGGCAUCCGCUCCCAAGGAGGAGUGCAGUACGGCAUGUGGUCCUCCAUAUACUUCAUAGUGCUCACCCUGUUUGGGAACUAUACUCUACUCAAUGUCUUCUUGGCCAUCGCUGUGGAUAACCUUGCCAACGCACAGGAACUCACCAAGGACGAAGAGGAGGAAGAGGAGUUUUUCAAUGCAAGAUACGCCAGAGGCAGAGAUGGCCCAAUGUCUGAGAGGAGGAGGAGGCCCUAUCUCCGCAGGAAGAAGGCCAUUCACAGGGGCCGUAUGGCCGUCCCCGAAGAGGAGGAGGAGAGCGGCGCCCCGGGCGGAGCUGACCAGCCCCCCAAUGGGGCCAACGCCUUCUCCAACCGCCGUGACUCCGUGUGGGAGCAGAGGGCCAACCAGUUACGCAAGCGGCGCCAGAUGGAGAGCCAGGAGGUGCUGUUCGGAGGCAGCCCCACCGAGGACACCACUGACAACCCUACCACCGUCUACCGUGCACCCACCCGUUCCCCAGACACCAGUCCCGGACACCUGCCCGAGUCGCCCAUGUCCGGAAUCAUGCCCAUGCCUGAACCCCCGAUGUCCAUCGCCAUCCGGCUGCCGGAACCUCCAGACUCUGAGCCUAGGCCUCUGUUUACAUUGGUUGAGGAGAGAGCAGUGCACCAUCGACCCGCCGGUGGGGACAGGAGGCACAGGGUGGCCCGGAAGUUCAGGCCUGGCCUUGGGGGGGCGGAGGAGGGAGGGGUGGCUCGGCAUAGGAGGCACCGUCAUCGUGAGGCCCGGGCUGAGGCCAAGAGCAGAGAGUCCCCACAUGAGGAGGUCAGAGAAUCAGGCAGCAGAGAGAGGAAGAUACUAGAAGAGAGGGAGGAGAAAGAAGAAAAAGAGGAGAAGACGGACAAAGGAGAGGUCGCUGUGGUGGAGGGAGGAGUGUUGGGCCAGGAAGAAGGAGCCAGCAUUGUCAACUUAGAGAGUGAAGAAGAGCAUCUGAGAGUGUGUAUUGCAGACAUCCCCGAGCCUCCCCUAUGUGAUGACUGCCCCGAGUCCCUACCCCCACCCCUGUUGGACCCUCCACCCCAGAUGGAGGAGGGCGAGGUGGGGGAAACUGGGCAGUGUGAGCCCCUGUCUCAGGACCCUCCAUUGAAGCCAGCCCCAGAACAGUUCACAGACCCCCAGAGCUCCAGGCAGCAUCUGGGGUCAAUGAUUCAGAGAACAACCCAGAGGGUAACGAUAACGAUGGACUUGUUUUGCCAUGCCCGGCAGGAGCCAGGUCAAAUAACAGGUUUUAUCUUCAAUUUACAUGUAGCUUUACACAACAACAAAGAGAUGGAGGUGUACCAGCCUGAAAGGAUGGAGAAGGAGAAGGAAAAGGAGGAGAAGGAGGCGCAGGAGGAGGCCAGCCCGCCCAAACCUGUACCUCCUGACAGCAUGUUCCUCUUCAAGGCCUCCAAUCCGAUCAGGAGGAUCUGUCACUAUGUGGUGACCAUGCGCUACUUUGAGAUGACCAUCUUGCUGGUGAUCGUGGCUAGCAGCAUCGCUCUGGCUGCUGAAGACCCUGUGUGCACCAACUCUGACAGAAACAGGGUUCUCCGUUACUUUGAUUACGUCUUUACUGGAGUCUUCACUUUUGAAAUGAUCAUAAAGAUGAUUGACCUGGGCCUGCUUCUGCACGACGGCUCCUACUUCCGUGACCUGUGGAACAUUCUGGACUUCAUCGUGGUGGUGGGAGCUCUGUUCGCCUUCGCUCUGACGAAUGUGAUUGGGAACAACAAAGGCAGAGACAUCAAGACCAUCAAGUCCCUCAGGGUCCUGAGAGUCCUACGACCUCUGAAGACCAUCAAGAGACUCCCCAAACUCAAGGCAGUGUUUGACUGUGUGGUGACAUCCCUGAAGAACGUCUUCAACAUCCUCAUCGUCUACAAGCUCUUCAUGUUCAUCUUCGCUGUCAUCGCCGUGCAGCUCUUCAAGGGAAAGUUCUUCUAUUGCACAGACAGCUCCAUGGACACAGAGAAGGAGUGCCAAGGUUACUACAUAGACUAUGCUCGAGACAAGAAGGAAGUGAAGAAGAGGGAGUGGAAGAGACAUGAGUUCCACUAUGACAAUGUCUGCUGGGCUCUGCUCACCCUCUUCACUGUUUCCACUGGAGAGGGCUGGCCGCAGGUCCUGCAGCAUUCUGUGGAUGUGACAGAGGAGGACAGGGGUCCAAGUCGGGGCAACAGGAUGGAGAUGUCCAUCUUCUACGUCGUCUACUUCGUGGUCUUCCCUUUCUUCUUUGUCAACAUUUUUGUUGCUCUCAUCAUCAUCACCUUCCAGGAGCAGGGGGAUAAGAUGAUGGAGGAGUGCAGCUUGGAGAAAAAUGAGAGGGCAUGCAUUGACUUUACCAUCAGUGCCAAGCCCCUGACCUGCUACAUGCCUCAGAACAGACAGACGUUCCAGUACCGGCUGUGGCACUUUGUGGUGUCACCGUCAUUUGAGUACACAGUGCUGGUCAUGAUUGCCCUCAACACUGUGGUGCUCAUGAUGAAGUACAACUCCGCUCCAGCAGCGUAUGAUACAGUAUUGAAGCACCUGAACACAGCCUUCACUGUUCUCUUCUCCCUGGAGUGUAUCCUCAAGAUCAUGGCCUUUGGUUUUGUGAACUAUUUUCGAGACACUUGGAACAUUUUUGAUUUCAUCACCGUGCUCGGCAGCAUCACUGAGAUCAUUGUGGACUUACAGUCAAUAAACACGUUCAAUAUGAGUUUCCUGAAGCUGUUCCGGGCUGCCAGGCUGAUCAAGCUGUUGAGGCAGGGCUACACCAUACGGAUCCUGCUCUGGACCUUCGUACAAUCCUUUAAGGCCCUUCCUUAUGUGUGUCUGCUCAUCGCAAUGCUGUUCUUCAUCUAUGCCAUCAUUGGGAUGCAGGUGUUUGGAAACAUCAAACUGAACGACGAAAACCACAUAAACCAGCACAAUAACUUCAAGACCUUCUCCGGUGCGCUGAUGCUUCUCUUCAGGAGUGCGACCGGGGAGUCAUGGCAGGAGAUCAUGCUAUCGUGUCUGGGUGGGCAGGAGUGUGAGCCAGACUCCUCCAUGGCACCCAUGACCAUGUCCCCUGACCACGAGGGAGGCUGUGGUACUGACUUCGCCUACUGCUACUUUGUUUCCUUCAUCUUCUUCAGCUCCUUCCUGAUGCUGAAUCUGUUUGUGGCUGUGAUCAUGGAUAACUUUGAGUACCUGACCAGAGACUCUUCCAUCCUGGGGCCUCAUCACCUUGAUGAGUUUGUCCGUGUCUGGGGAGAGUACGACCGCGCAGCAUGUGGGCGUAUACACUACACUGCCAUGUAUGAGAUGUUGACCCAUAUGUCUCCACCCCUUGGUCUGGGGAAGAAAUGCCCCAGAGGUAUGGCCUACAAGAGGCUGGUGUUGAUGAACAUGCCAGUGGAUGAGGACAUGUCAGUCCACUUCACGUCCACCUUGAUGUCUCUCAUCCGCACCGCUCUGGAGAUCAAGAUCGCACGAGGUGGGGAGGACCGAGUAGCUCUGGACACUGAGCUACAGAAGGAGAUCAGUGUGAUAUGGCCGUACCUUCCCCAGAAGACCCUGGAUGUACUGGUGCCCAUCAACAAAGAUUCCGACAUGACAGUAGGUAAGAUAUAUGCCUCCAUGAUGAUCAUGGACUACUUCAAACAGAACAAAGCCAAGAAGCUGAGAGCACAGCUGGAAGCACAGAAGGCCAGCCUGAUGCCGUUCAAGAGGCUGGAUGCCUCGACUCUCUCUGAAGACAUUCUGUACAAUGCCCAUCCCCUGCCCUGCAUGUCCCUCAGUGCCGGCUCUGCCCUGACCAGAGGAGGCCUGGUGGCGUUGAGUCCUCUCUCCCAGGACCUGUUCGCCAUGCAGCCCAUGACCUCUGACCAGGACACCAGCAGUCAACACUCCAGGGUGAGUCUUGGGGAGUUCAGUGGGUUGAUUCCUGACUCACUGCAGCUCCCGUUUGGCAAGGGGCUGUGUGUACGGGCCUCCUCUAUGCCCCGUCUGGCUGUAGAGCCACAGACGGAGAUGGCCAGUGGCUCCAUUAAGCGGUCCUCGUCCACUGUGGCUGACCAGAGGGUGAAUGGCCUGUGGCAGGAGGAGAAGAAGAGUCCUGAUAGACUGUACAGACCACGCCACAAGAGCUACAAGGCUGCCGUCUCCCGGUCAGAAAGAAAGAGGCAGUUGGACACAGAGAAGGAGCGCGGGAGGUCUAAAGAGCGCCGCCACCUCCUCUCCCCAGACACAUCCCGCUGUAACUCCGAGGAGAGGAGUCUACAGCCCUCAUGCUCCCCUAGCCGAGAGCACACACACCCCCUGGACAAACAGGGUAACAGCUCCGACAGCCCCAUCCCCACCUCUGAAUCUAGUACCCCUAGUCGCCGCCCCCUGUCCCAGACCCCAACUCGCUCCCAUCCCCACAUCUCCUACUCCCCUCUGGUGUGUCGCACGCACCCUCCCUCCGGGGACGAUGAUGACGACAGGGGCAGCCCAGAGACCCAGAGGUGGGGGGAGGCCUCCAGAAAGGCAGGUGGAGAGGGACAGACCGGGCCAAGGGGUCGUCGCCACCACCACCAGCAGGGCUCCCCUCUGCGUCGCUACCCGUCGGAGCCCUAUCUCACCCUGCAGGAGGACGAGCACAGUCCGGACCCCUCCAGGUUCAUGGAGACACUGACCUUCGAGGCGGCGGUGGCCACUAGCCUGGGACGCGCUAACACGGUCAGCUCCAGCUCCAGCUCUAGCUUCAGCUCGGCCCGACGGGGCUCCAGGAGCGGCUGGCAGAUCCCCAAUGGACACUUCCGGAAGCGCCUGGCUCAGACCGUCUCUGUUGCAGGCUGUGAGCCACUCAGCGACACAGAGGAGGACGGCCGCUGCUAGGAGGAGGAGGAAGUGGUGGUGGAUGAGAGGUGAGGAAGGUGCUAGUGUAUAAGAUGUACUACAAUAUAAAAGAAAGAGGGACAUUUGUCGCUCUUUUGCAUUAAUACUGCAUACCUGUGUGAUUGCAGUAUGUUUGAUCAAAUGUGAGGGGAGGAAAAAAAUUAAGAACAUCCAUUUUUUCACUUCCUGCAAGUAGAAUCCCUUUUAAAGUCACACAGAAAAUGUACAAUAAAUAUCUACCCGCAAAUAUUUGACUGUGGUUUAUUUAUAUUCUGACUUAACAAAAGAAAGUGACUAAUAAUAAACCUCAAUUAGCCUUGGAUGUACAGAAAAGAGAUUAAAUAAAUUGAAAGGAUAGAAUUACGUUGUCUGUCAAUAGGUAUUGUCAUUUCUGAAGGUGUUUCUCUGACAUUGAUUUUGUGUUUCUCUUAACAGUGUAUGUGGGGUGUGUGAAUAUGUGCAAAUAUAUAAGGAGAAACAAUAUCUUUGAAAACCAUGGUUUUUGUAAAUACCUGUGAUUUUUGUCAUAAAAUUGUAUUGCCACCAAUACCACUUGAUUGUCUGAGUAGGUUACAUGGCCAUAGAGAAGGUUAACUGUUGACUUAUCAUUAAGUUAAUAAAAUGUCAUGUCUGUUAACAAAAAAUACACACAAACGAUAACUGAUCAAAGCAAUGUGUUUUGAAAUGUAGUAGAGAGGUUUUUACCUUCUGCGCCCUCCACCAUUAGAUUUCUUGUCCAUUUACUGUCUACAAAGGGAACACACCUCUUUAGUAAUUAUCUAUUCAUACGUAAACUAUGUAAUUCCUGUUGUAAAAUGUCAAAGGAAAA